AUGAAGAUAAGAUAUAAUCCAGAGUUGGGAGUGUUGGAGAAGGCGUUGGCGGAUUGUAAGAAGGGUGCGAUGUUCUUGUGCAAGGGUGAGACUGAGUUGCCAAUGCCAAGGAUCGAGGUGAAGGAUGUUGGUGUGCUCUCAUACCCAGUGAGACAGGAUCAGUUGCAAAGUAUGAUUGAACGAGCCACUCGUGCACCAUUUGGCAAAGGAACAGAGACAAUCACAGACCUCAAUGUGAGACGUGUCUGGCAGAUACAGAACACAGACAUCAACAUCACUGGCAUUGCAUUCGAAUCAUUCUUCACAAGCAUCACCAACAGCAUCAAGGAGUCGAUGGGUCUGACCAACGAAGUGGUGACAGCCGAGUUGUACAAGUUGUUGGUCUAUGACAAAGGCAGCUUCUUCCUGCCACAUCGUGACUCUGAGAAGGCUGACAACAUGUUUGGAACACUCGUGUUGUCAUUGCCAUGUCCACAUCGAGGUGGUGACCUUGUUGUCAAUCAUUCAGGUCGUGAUGAAGUGGUAUCAUUGGAGAAUGACUCAAUGUCAACGAUCAAAUGGACAGCAUUCUUUGCUGACUGUCAACAUGAAGUCAAGCCAGUCACUGAAGGCAAUCGAGUAUGUCUCGUUUACAACCUGUUGAGAUCAGGUGGUACCAAUGUGGACAUCAACAUCUCAUCCGAGCCCAUCACUCAAGCAUUCAAUCAAGUGUUUGGUCUAGUCUCCAACAAGGCAGAUGAAGAUAUGGAGGAGGGAUCAUCCGGCUCCAAGAGUGACAAUGAAGAUGAAGAAGACGACGAUGACAACAACAACAACAAUGAUAACAAGAUCAUCAAGAUGGCCAAGACAUCACCAAAAACAAACAAGACAACAAAGUAUGAUUUUGGAGAUGAUGAUGAUGAGUCACAUUCGUCAGCAGACAAUGAAUACCGCGAUGAGUUUAAUGAAGAGUAUGAAGAAGAGGAAUACUAUGAAGAUAUGGACAAGGAUGAAGGUGAGGGUAAAUAUAUUCCCGAGAAGAUAAUAUAUUCCCUGGAGCAUGUCUACUCGCUAUCCAACUUCAGAAUUGAGUCACUCAAAGGUGGUGAUGCGACCCUGGCACGCACCCUACUCGCCUUCUCCAAUGAGUCCCGUAUCAGACUGGCCCUAUCAUUCAUUCACAUCACUGAAAAGGGAGGUGGGGAAUGUAUGGUUGAUCCAAAAGAUACAGUAGUCGUACUGAAGGAUGUGAAGGACCUUGAGACUGGAACUAUCCUGGAGGAGAAGAUGAAGUUCAGUACAAAGGAGAUCCUGCCCGAUGGAUGUCUAAAGAGUAUCAAGCCAUACUCUUUGGAGGCACAAGAGGCAACUGGCAAUGAAGGUGUGUCAUUUGAUAAAUUAUAUAGACAAUCAGCUAUUGUGAUAUGGAGCACUGUGGAGAUGGGCAAGUUCACUAUGAUCAGCUCAAUGGAUGUUGCGUUGGAGAUGUUGGAGAAGGAGUUGACCAAGCUUGGUGGCAUAGAUGCCAACCCUUUGGCAACUCAACAACUGUUCAAUCAAUUGUUCAAAGCGAUGUACAGACUCAAGCCAACUCCACAAAAUGUAACCAGGUUACUCAAUGUUCUCCGAUCGAUCAAGCCUGGCCAUGACCAGCACCUCCCCAUGCUACUCCAAACCAUGUUGCAGACUGUUGGUGGCCAGAUUCAAACAGACCUACAUCAGGAUGCCCUCGUGGAGAUGAUUCUCCAACGACCAACAAUGACCCAUGAGUCAAUCGAGAGAGUGAUGUCUCAGUUUGUGUCAUCUGCCCCACAGAGUGCUGUCAUGGACAUGUUUUCCAAGUUGUUGGUAUUGUCCGAGCCGUCCACUGCCACAGUGUUACCCAUGUUUGCCGAUCAAAUCAUUCCAAGGCUGACCAAAACAGAUCAAUGUGACCAACUGAUUGAUAUCAUCACAUCUCAUCAAGUGUUCAAAGAACAAAGACAGCACCUAUUGGACAGGAUCAUUGUUGUGGCGAGGGCGAUGUUCAGACCAAAGUUGAACAGAACGAGGUACAUGCAAGGCAAUGAUCGAGACUCCACCUUCCACACGACCAUCUCAAUGAUCGAUCAUUUCUCCACGGCACUCAACAAUGGCAAGGCGCCAAUCUACUUCACGGACGCAUUCCUGGGCGAGACAUAUCGCAAAGCGAUCAAAGUAUUGAUCCAAACAAACCAAGGCUACCUUAAUUUUAAUAUUGUCCUGCCUGCCUUUCAGAUCAUGGAGCGCAUCACUGCCGCCCAUCCAGAAUGGAUCGCCGGUGACCAGAAAUACAUUGAGCUCCUCAAGAAGCUGAGCGUGUUCCGGUCAAACUUCCAUUCACACAAACACAACCAGAUUGCCAACCAACUGUUUGUGAUCUGGAAGGCACUCCACAAUCAGGAGGCCAUCAUCAAUGACUUCCUCGGCCAUCUCUGCUCCAAGCCACAUCAGACAUUUGGUAUUGGUAACGUGUUAUGGGAACAUGUUGCCAAGUUGAACUUAGAGAAGUCCACGACCAAACCAGACCCCAAUGACAAGUCGAUGGAUGUGGAGAUUCAUUGUGAAUGUGAACAAUGUGGCAAGAUCAAGGUGUUCCUCCAAUCACAGGAUGAGGUGCUGGACUUGCCAAUCCAUUAUUAUCGUCGUGAACAUGUUGAAACAAAUAUCGGCCAACUCAAACUGGAUCAAAAGAAGGAGAGAGACACCAACAAUCGUGAGAUGUGGAACAUGGUAUUGACCAAAACAGAUGAGAACAAACAUGCCAAGAUGAACAAGUAUGUUGAGGUGGUCAACAACUGUCACAGUCUGUCAAAGAUCAGGCCAACAACCACCCCGUCCAGCGUCAUCGAGGUUGUCCAGAAGCUUGACGCAGUUGUCGCCGCAACACCCGAACCACAAAAGUACCCUCAUCUCAAAGCCAAAGUGAAGACCAUCCCUCUUGGUCCCAAAGAACUAGUACACUACUGA